AACACUACAUUUUGCUAUUCAGUGAUUAUUUUGAUGAGUAACGUGUUUUUUGUGGGUAUGAGUUGUUUUCCGAAAUUUUUCCAAUAACGAUCCGUUUUCUUUGGAUUACAUCAUAUUACUUGUUUAACGAUUACAUCAUAGAUAUGUUCUCUGUAGAUAGCACUCUCAGUCCACCCCACUCCACACCAGAUAGGUUUUAUCAAUAUUAUGUUUCAGUCCGGCUGUGAGUAGCAACCCUUUCGUUUUGUUUCUUUUUUCGGUUCACAAUCCAAUUCCAGAAGAAAAUAUCUCCCACCGUUACAGUUGACUCAUCACGUCAUGUUAUGUUAAUUUUACACUGCAUAAAAUGUCUCAGGCAAAAGUCGUCCUCCUGUCAUGCGGUUCUUUCAACCCUCCGACAAACAUGCACCUGCGAUUGUUCGAAAUUGCAAGGGAUUAUUUGCACAAAACUGGCCGGUAUCAAGUGGUCUGCGGUAUAAUCUCUCCGGUGCAUGACAACUAUGGCAAGAAAGACUUAAUAUCUUCAACACACAGGUGCGCUUUGGUCAAACUCGCUCUACAGGACACGAAUUGGAUAUUUUUGAGCGAUUGGGAAUGCCAGCAAUCUGAAUGGCAGUUUACGCUCCGUGUCCUUCAGUAUCACCAGAACAAACUCAAUUCAUGCCAUAUAGAAAAUAUGGGUUCAAAGCGUCAGUUGAACAGCGAUGCACCGAUGUGGGUAGAGCAUGCUCAAAAAUAUGGAGAUAACAAUAAAGGCAUCACGGUAAAACUUCUAUGUGGUGCCGACCUCCUGGAGACCUUCAGCAUCCCCGGCCUCUGGGCUGAGCAUGAUAUUGAAAGCAUAGUCGGCGAUCACGGCCUCGCAGUCGUCACUCGACAUGGGAGUGACCCUUACAAAUUUAUUUAUGAGUCUGACACGCUUUCCAAAUAUCAUAAUAAUAUAGCGAUUAUACCAGAGUGGAUAACUAAUGAAAUAAGUUCCACAAAAAUAAGAAGAUCGUUGAGGAGAGGAGAAAGUGUUAAAUAUUUGGUUCCUAACGAAGUUAUAGAUUAUAUUAGGAAUAAUAGACUUUAUGAGGCUACAAACAAUAAGUAUCAACUGUACCCGCAUUCGAGUGUGUACCUUACACCGUCACCAAACGAUGUCAUCAUGACAAUGACACCUAUCGACGUGCCAGACACACCCGGUAAUUACUCAAAAAGUACCAAUGAGCUGAAACGACCUAGGCCCGGCCAGGCGGUUGCAGUAAGAAAGGUAAACAUGGAGGAAUGCAUUGACGAGCCGAUAGAUGAGACUCGAGUCGAAAUACAAAUUAUGGAAGACGGGAGAAUAGAGGUCAUUAGUGACAAAGAAACGACAGUUUAAAUCUAAUCGUUUCCCCACCCCUUAUUUGUUAUGUCUUCCAAUCAAAAUGUCUCCUAAAUGGCUGUAAAAAUUGUGUCAAUCUGGAAUUUGUAAAACAAUUCAUUUAAAAAACUGUUGUCUUCCUCAAUUUGAAAAAUUUAUUAAAUUAUUAAAUCUUUGUUAAAUUAUUAAAAAACUAACAAAAAGUUCUGUAAGCAUUCUGUUAUUUUUCGUACUACAACUGUCUACAGCACAGAGUUCACAAAUAUCACUUGUGUUAUUUAAUGUAUUUGCACUGCAGUUGAUGAGGGUAAACCAUCACAAUAAAUAUAUAAAAAAAUGUCAAGGUACUCAUUUUACACGUGUGCAAGCUAUAUUACUUGACAAAAGAAAAUAUACGUGUACUUAAAUUCUGGUCAACAUGCACAAUUAUAAAUAUUUGACAAAUGACAACAAAUGUUUUUACUAUAAUUCAAGUUGUAAAGAUUCAAUAUUGGCGGUGUCAGAGCCAUAAUGGUUAAGGCGUUGACUUUGUGUUCAUCAACGUAAGGUAAAGGUCCCAGGUUUGAUUCCAGCAGUCCUGAAUUCAAAACCAACAUACAAUUGGUCCUUUUUUUUUCAAGAUCGCUAGCAUCCCAAGGGUUAUAUAACCUCGUAGUUCAAAUACCCUUGUUUAAAAUAAUAAAUAUAUAUAACUACUGAUCCAAUAUUUUUGCAUGGUUGACCUUAAUUAAAGUACUUGUUGCAUGCAAAAGGCUUAUUAUGAUAUAGAAAGAAUCAUUGAGAGGUAAUGGUUGAAAAACACCCAUUGGUCGACCAGAAAUAUAAAAUGGAAUUAUUGUGAUUGUAUGUUAUUAACAGUAUUAAUUUUUUGGACCAAACCAAAAGAACAUUGUGUGCCAAAUUUUCUAAAGGGAAAAAUCAGUCAAAUAAAAAUGUAAUUGAAGACUUAUUUUUUAAUAUGAGGUGAGAUUUAAUUCACAGGGUGUUUUCUCUAAAAAGAAAUCAAUUGUUAAAUCCAAGAAAUACACUGGUAAGAAUUUUAAGAUAAUCGAAUAGUUUUUUUUCCUGUUUUAAAUAGAUUUAUAAUGCAUGAGGAAUGAGAUAUGUUAGGAAAGAAUAGAUCCUUAGGUGUCACCACAGGUAAGAAAAGAAGCACGUCACGGACAAAAUGCACAUUUCUUAAAUGUUUAAUUAUAAAAAUUACCUUGGUGUCUAAAACUGAUAAAUCCCACAAUCCAUUAGGGUUAAAAUUUUAAACACGAAUUUUAAAACUUUUAACCGUCUAUUGAAUUUAGAAUUUUGUACUGUGUAGCAGUUGGGAUAUUGAUCGGAUUAGAUGCCAGAUCAUUUUAAUGUUGAUUGUUUAGUGUUUAGAUUUUAUAAAUGUUACAUUGUAAUAAAAGCACAAAAUGGAAGAAGCAUUGUAGAUAAAAUUCAAAGUUACUAUUUUAAUGUAGUCUACCAAAAAAAAAACUUUCAUUAGUGUUAUAUUGCAUUUUGUACCUGAGUUUAUAUGCAUGUGGAUUAAAAUGAAUGAUUACACAUAUUAAAUACAGAAAAUAAUUAACAAAGUCGAUUGUAGGAAAAAAUAACAGUCUUUAUUUUAUCAAGAGUAAUAAUCUUUCAACUGUGAUACGUUUUGAUUUUUAAUAGUACUUACACAAACAAUGUAUGAGACUCAUAUCCAAAACACCAUAUUUCCCAAUAAUAAGUGAACAGUUUAAAAACAAAUUUGUUCUUGGUUUUUUCAGGCAGUGAGGCCUGUAUGCCUGCAGUAAAACGCCUGAUUAUGUACGUUGGAUGUAAUCGACCGCCUAUCUCUUUAGUUUAACAAAGCAUUACUUGUCUGCAUGCUAUCUACAGCAACUCUUCGAACUUUACAUCUAUAACAAUUUGUAAAUAGUUCUUUCAUGUGUUUUAUCUUUUUUUUAAAUCUUUUUGUUUGCAUUUUAUAGCUUUAAAAAUAUUAAUCGUUUAUGAGAUAAAUAAUUAGUAGCAUUUUAUUUUGAUUCCAUUAUCUAAGUUGUUAAUUUUUUUUAGUUCAACUAUUUUUUCUUUCCAUUAUAUUAGCCUGCUAUAUAGAAAGUGGUUCAUUCAAAUAGUGGGCUAUGUUGGUUUUUAUUUAUUUAUUUUUAAAUAAAAAUAUUCUUAAGAAUUUAUUGUAAUUAGUUGAUGUAUAAUAAUUACUAAUUUGCUAA